CAGUGACCGGCUGGUGUCCGUGAGCGCCUGGGUGUUGAAAACGUGGGGCAAAACGUGGCCCAACAUCAUAAACUCCUCGAGCGUCCUGGCAAAUUUUUCGUCGUCUCAUGGGCCGCCCCCUCCCCCCUUCCCUCAACAACUCACUAACUCUCCCUCUCUCACCCAUUAUUACCCGAAAAUCUCUCACUCGCUCCAUCGCUCCCAAGGGGUCUUUAAAAUCCACCAAAGGUGUAAUCCAACAGUCUGACUGCAGAAGUUCAGGUGAAGUUGGCAAGAGGAGUACCCAAUAAAUUUGUACUCAACUUUAAAAAGGGAUAGAAAAAAACACGCAAUCAAUUAUUUGGAGGGCUCACGCGCUUUUCCAUGUCAACGACACGCGUGAUCCUUCCAAGGCCAGCGUGCUACGCCCCGGUUAAAUACACAAGUCCCACUGGAUUUUUUUUCACGUAUCAAAAACGUGAAACUGACUGGGGCAUUUUAAAUAAUCUUGACAAGUGGAAUUGUGGAGGUUACGUGGAUAAAAAACGUCAGCAUACUGGCGACACACUGAGAUUGAGAAAACGAGAAAGAGUCUCGUGCAUCUCCGCCGUUAUUGUUGGAGUGAGAUGAGCGACCAUGGCUGUAUACACUUGAAUAAUUUUAAAGCUGCCAAGGGAAUACAACCUUACAAAGUAAUACAUUCUUACUUUGUCACUAGUACUUCGGCAGAGGCACGCAUCAGGAAGGCCGUCAGCUGCUUAUGUCAUACUUGCAAGACCCACAAGGAUCGCCUGCAUUCUUGCUUGCACUGUAUAUUUUUUGGUUGCUACGUCGGUGGUCACAUUCAGGAACAUGCCAAAACGAAGAAACAUUUUUUAGCUGUGGAUCUUUGUUACGGUAAUAUUCUGUGCUUCCAAUGUGGAGAUUAUGUAUACGACAGGGAGUUACUGACAGUAGCCAAGGCACAAUGGAGCGAAUCAGCGAAAUCCUUGAGCUUAGGAGAGUUCUAUCGCGCCUGGGAGCCGACCCAGGUCGAGGCGGAAUUGCUGAGAAAACAUCCACGUCGGCGGCGCGUUGUCGAGAAUUCAACAAUUGGUCUGAGGGGUCUCAUAAACUUAGGCAGCACGUGCUUCAUGAACUGCAUCGUCCAGGCCCUCACCCAUACUCCACUCCUGCGAGAUUAUUUUCUCGCUGAUCGUCACCACUGCCCUCAGCCAAGUCGCUGUCUGGUUUGUGAAGUGUCCCAUCUUUUUCAAGAAUUCUAUUCAGGGAGCAAAGCACCGCUCACACUCCAUAAACUUCUCCAUUUGAUAUGGACACACGCCAGACACUUGGCUGGUUAUGAACAGCAGGAUGCUCAUGAAUUUUUCAUUGCUACUCUGGAUGUACUCCACCGACACUGCGAAGCUGCGCCGAUUUUCGUUAAAGAUAAUCCACAUCAUUGCAACUGUAUUAUCGAUCAGAUAUUUACUGGAGGGUUGCAGAGUGAUGUUGUGUGUCAAUCUUGCAAUGGAGUCUCCACAACAAUCGAUCCAUUCUGGGACAUAUCUCUGGAUCUUGGUCCAACAGCCGGUGCAUCUGGCUCAGAUAGCAAUGGACCCCCAACAUCACUCCUCGAUUGUCUAGAGCGUUUCACUCGAGCUGAGCAUCUGGGCUCGAGUGCUAAAAUCAAAUGCAGCAAAUGUCAAACUUAUCAGGAGAGUACGAAACAGCUAACAAUGAAGCAACUCCCAAUUGUCGCUAGUUUCCAUUUGAAGCGCUUCGAGCACUCGAGUAUCCAGGAUAAGAAAAUAUCGACGUUUAUCUCAUUCCCAGAGCAGCUCGACAUGUCGCCAUUUAUGUCACACAAGCGCAAUGGCAACAAUAACAGUGAUUCUAUCGAGGGCCUCCCUAAAAAUGGAGAAGACGCGGCAUUCAGUGAUAAUCGAUACUCGCUUUUUGCCGUUAUUAACCAUGAGGGCUCACUUGAGACUGGCCACUAUACUGCAUUCAUAAGGCAACAAAGGGAUCAGUGGUUCAAGUGUGAUGAUCAUCUGAUUACCAAGGCGAGACUCAAGGACGUUCUGACCAGUGAAGGAUAUCUCCUCUUCUACCACAAGCAAAUCCUUGAGUAUGGUCGUAGUAGCAAAGCAUGAGAGCCAAAUUUUCCGUAAUUAAUUUAUUUAUUUUGUUAUACUGACGAGCAUAUUUCACUGUGAGAGUCCAAUCAAUUUGACACUCACUGACUAAUGUAUGUAAUUUUACCUCUCAUCUCAUGCUCAAUGCGAUUUGCACAUUCGUUUCGUUUAAAUACUGCCGAUUACGAAGAAGUUAAUUUUUUUUUCGAAUGCUUAAAUGACGUAAUGAUUGACGAAGUUUUUGUAAUCAUGUCCUUAACUAGGAGAUACUGACGAAUCAGAUCCUGAAGUUGGUUAUUAUUUGUCGUGUGAUUGUGAGUGUUAUGGAGUCAUUUUUUUUCUCAAUUUUGCAAUGCUCUUCUCAAUUUUUUGUGUUUCGAGAACAAAAUUGAUGUCUACGAGUAUAACCAAUGAAUUCACUUGUCCACGUCUAUUUUGAUUGAAUCGUAGAUUUUUAAGAUUAGCUCAAUUUUUUAAUGAUGACAAGAAAAUAUGAAAAUGAACGAUCCUAUCUUUUGUAAAUCACCGACUGGUUAUUAUUGAAUAUUCAGUCCCCGUUUUCCCUCUGUUCCCCGACUGUAGCGAUGUAAGCUCGAUGAUGGAAGCACUCUAUUCUUCGCAUUGAUUUAAAAAUAUUUAACGAUCUAUUUCUAUAAUGUUAAGACUGCAGCGAUUAAACAUACAACGGAGUAUAAUUUUAGAA